AUGCCAACAAUUACGACCACCGACCAUCCUGUGCGCCAGUUUCUGGACUUCAAUCAGAAGCUAGACAUUAAUCUACUGGGCAAUGUUGUAAAUUGCUUGUAUCAUGGUGAGGGCCCACAGCAACGAAUGGCGCAAGAGAUAUUAACCCAUUUAAAAGAACAUCCAGCUGCUUGGACCAGGGUGGAUACCAUUCUAGCAUUUUCUCAGAAUAUGAACACAAAGUAUUAUGCCUUACAGAUACUGGAAAAUGUGAUCAAAACUCAAUGGAAAAUACUUCCAAGAAAUCAAUGUGAAGGAAUAAAAAAGUAUGUUGUUGGCUUGAUUAUUAAAACAUCUUCAGAGACUUUGGAGAAAGAUAAAGUUUAUCUUGGAAAACUGAAUAUGAUUCUUGUCCAGAUCCUUAAACAUGAAUAUCCCAAAAACUGGCCCACAUUCAUUAGUGAUAUAGUCGGAGCCAGCAAAACCGGUGAAUCUCUAUGUCAGAACAACAUGGUUAUUUUAAAACUCCUCAGCGAAGAAGCUUUUGAUUUCUCUAGUGGACAAAUGAUGCAGGUGAAAGCUAAGUGUUUAAAAGACAGUAUGUGCAAUGAAUUUUCGCAGAUAUUUCAACUCUAUCAGUUUGUAAUGGAGAACUCCCAGAAUGCCCCUUUAGUCCAUGCGGCCCUGGAGACAUUGCUGCGGUUUCUGAACUGGAUCCCUUUAGGUUACAUCUUUGAAACAAAGCUCAUCUCCAGCUUGGUAUACAAGUUUCUGAAUGUACCCAUGUUUCGAAAUGUGACGUUGAAGUGUUUGACAGAGAUUGCUGGCAUUGGUGUCAGUCAGUAUGAACAGUUCAUCUCGUUGUUUACAUUAACAAUCAUUCAGCUCAAACAGAUGCUACCUGUGAAUACUAACAUUUGCCUUGCUUAUGCAAACGGGAAGGAUGAUGAACAGAACUUCAUCCAGAACCUGAGUCUGUACUUGUGUACUUUCUUGAAAGAGCAUGGUAUCUUAGUAGAAAGGUCAAGUGAGCUCAGAGAGGCACUCUUGGAUGGUCUACACUACAUGAUUCUUGUGUCAGAAGUGGAAGAGAUAGAAAUUUUUAAGAUCUAUUUGGAAUAUUGGAAUCGUUUGGCAGGAGAGCUUUAUCGUGAAAAUCCAUUUUCUAUUAGUGCCUCUCCUGCUCUGGGCAAUCCUCACAGUGAUGUCCCACCUCGGAGACAGAUCUACUUACCAUUGCUGUCAAAGGUGAGGCUUAUCACGAUCAGCCGAAUGGCAAAACCAGAAGAGGUGCUUGUUGUGGAGAAUGAGCAGGGAGAAGUUGUUUGGGAAUUCAUGAAGGACACGGACUCCAUCAAUCUGUACAAAACAAUGAGAGAGACACUUGUCUAUCUCACGCAUUUAGACUAUGCUGACACAGAAUGCAUUAUGAUCGAGAAGCUACAUAAUCAAGUGAAUGGUACAGAAUGGUCGUGGAAGAACCUCAAUACACUUUGUUGGGCUAUCGGCUCCAUCAGUGGUGCAAUGCAUGAAGAGGAUGAGAAACGCUUUCUCGUCACCGUCAUCAAGGAUUUGCUGGGCCUUUGUGAACAAAAACGUGGGAAGGAUAACAAGGCUAUUAUUGCCUCUAAUAUAAUGUACGUGGUGGGACAGUAUCCCAGAUUCCUGCGAGCUCACUGUAAGUUCCUAAAGACUGUGGUCAACAAACUGUUUGAGUUUAUGCAUGAGACUCAUGAUGGUGUCCAGGACAUGGCUUGUGACGCAUUUAUUAAGAUAGCCCAAAAGUGCAGACGCCACUUUGUACAAGUGCAAGUAGGAGAGGUAAUGCCUUUCAUUGAUGAGCUCUUGACUAAUAUCAACACCAUCAUUUGUGACCUGUAGCCUCAUCAAGUGCACACGUUCUAUGAAGCUGUUGGUUACAUGAUUG